UUAUAAAGUCGUGCCGGUCUCAGUUGGAAGGUGGUCGCGUCGAACGUGUGUGUGUGUGUACACAAUAGGCAGCCCGGGCGCGGAACCGCGAGCCACACCGGCACAGCACCAGUUUAUCAACGCCAGAGGCCCUGCGUGGACCGCGCGUCGUUUUUUCCUGUACGGGUAACGCACACGCGUGUGUGCGUCUUUGACGGGGGGUCCGUCGGACGGAGGACGGUCUGUGAUUUUAUUUCUGACCCGUGUUGGUUUUUUUUUUUGUUGUGAACUGACGAUUUAUGGAUAUUGUAUGAUUUUUGCAGAUAAAUUUUCUGGACUUUUAAUAAUUAGUGAGCAAAAUGUUCCAGUUCGGUUCGAAAUAAAAGUAAUGAAAGCUCCAUUAUUAACACAUAUUCGACAUGGAUUCAGUGAUACGUGAAGGCGCAUUACGAUUGCUGACCGCCGAAGCCACAUGUGACGUCGUAUUGAGCUGCCAAGGGCAGAAACUUAUGGCGCACAAGCUCAUACUGUCCAUCGCCAGUCCCGUUUUUCAGAACCUAUUAAAAGAUGACACGUCCGUUCCAUCGGUAGUGAUCCUGCCGGACGUAAAUUCGACUGUGAUGUCCCUAAUCCUAGACUACAUCUACACCGGCAACGUGAUAGUCUACUCCAAAACUCUUCCGGAGUUCAUAUCGGUGGCGAACCUCUUUGGGCUCCACCUGGACCAAAACGGUCUGGAGAAGUACAUCGCCAGUCCUGGAAGCGAGUCGGCCAAAUCGUACAACGAGGAGUUCAAAACCGACGUGGUGAAGAAGAAGGAGGAAGUGGAGAAGAACGAGGACGGCCCGGAGGUUUACAGCAGGAAGAACCUGAGGAAGUUGCCCAGCCUGUUGCCGAUAGGCGCGGGCCAAAGCAGGAAGGACAAGUCGAGGAAGCUGUGCAAUUAUGUGAUCCCCAGUCCUUGGUGUCCGAGGAUCGAGGCCGUGCUGGUUGAUCCAAGGACCGAUUAUCUGGGACCCACCGAUAAUCAGACAUCACCACUGCUUAGGGACAAAAUCCAGGAGAACGACUCGAACAACAACUUCCAAUUGAAUUCCAUGCCUCGUUACCCCAACCACGUGCCCGAACCGUUAAUGCAAAUGUUCGGCAGGGAGAAAGACCCCGAACUGCCCCUAAACCGUGGCAUUUACCCCAUGGAAUAUCGACUGUUACCUCAGAGAAGCCUGUUCAAACCAAGUACAAUUAGCAGUAGUUCUAGCACCAACACCAACACCUUCGUCAGCUCCACCAAAGAGACGCCCAAGAUCGACGAAAUCGCCUCCAGGUUGGAGAAGCAGAAAACGUUGGAGAUAAGUUCGUCUGAAAACUUGGCGAAAACGGCACCCAAAGACGUGCCCAAGGACAAAAGCGUUGAAGAAGGAGCAACGAGGAAUUUGGAAGAGAUGCACAUCAAAGAGAGUCUGAGCAGCAGCAACGACGAAGACGACAAAGGGAUCGAGUCCAGCGAAGACGGAAAAUCGAAGAAGCACAAGGUGUUCAAGUGCGAGGACUGCGGCAAGAGCUUUAGCCAACUUCGUAACUACAAGUAUCACAGAUCGGUACACGAAGGCACAAAGGAAUUCGCCGCGAAAUGUCCAGAAUGCGGUAAAGUAUUCAACGACAAAGGUUACUUAAGUAGCCACAUGAAGAUACACAGAGACCGGAAGGAGUAUGCGUGUCCCCAUUGUCCCAAGAGGUUCAACCAGAGGGUGGCUUACAAUAUGCACAUCAGAAUUCAUACAGGUGUUAAACCCCACGAGUGUCCCACCUGUGGAAAAAGCUUCUCGAGGAAGAUGCUUCUGAAACAACACCAAAGGGUACACACCGGAGAGCGGCCAUACUCUUGUCCCGAAUGCGGAAAGACCUUUGCUGACAGAUCCAAUAUGAGUUUGCAUGCCAGACUUCACACAGGUGUCAAACCGUACGCCUGCACGUUGUGUCCAAAGAGCUUCACGAAGAAGCACCACUUGAAGACGCACAUGAAUUUCCACACGGGACUGAAGCCGUACACCUGCCAGAAAUGCGGUCUCGCAUUUUCGCAGAGCAGCAACAUGAGGACGCACUACAAGAAGUGCAUUCUGAAAAAUCCAACGAAUACCUCGGAUCCGCCGGGAAGUCAGCCAGACUCAUCUCCCGGGGUGCAACCAUAAUUUUAGUUUAGGAGUUAGUGUUAAAAUUCGAAAUUGUUCAGUACGAUUGAUUUUUUGGUUUAGUUGGGUUUAGAACGUUAUUUAUGUUAUUAAAACUGCCAAUAAUGCAAUACAAAUUUAAUCUGUGAUAUACUUUUGUAAGAAAUGUAUGUUUAUUUUAUAUUUAUUUAUUUAUUAUUUUAUUUUAUG